UGAAUCCGGCAUCAAGUUGGCGGGAUACAGUUCUAGCGUUCGCGUUUUAAGUGGUGUCAUAAAAAGUGUACAAAGUAGGCGUAGAACGAUCGAGUAACGUGUGCCAGUUGAAAGGAUGGAAACAAUCGUGGCGUUCAUGAGAUGGCUGUGAACAUCGCCUCGGCGCUGCGAUAUUGUUCAAAUUUCUCCUCCAUCAUAGUUUGCGGUGAAUCGAAAUCAUUUUUGAAAGAACUGAAGCGCGAGACGAUCCUCGAUUGUUUUUCACCGGAUAAUUACUUGGGAAGUUAUUAAGAAGUGCGCGGGGUAACGAGUUUCUUAAUUAAACAGUGCAAGGGUAGCACGUGUCGUAACUGGUGACAGCGAGCGACGCCGACGGUGAUUGUAGUGACGAAAGUGACAGUAGGAUUCUAUUGAGGUCAAAAAAGGGAUUCAAUAAACAAUGGUAAUGGAAAGUAACUCAGUGUCCCCCAUGCCAGAGUUGGCACCCAUCGCCGAAUUCGACAAAACGCCCCCUACUCCCCCAGAAGACACCCUUCCGAUGGACGAUCUGCCACCGCCGCCAAACACCGUCGUCAAUGUCCAAGAAGAGAAAGAAAAGGAAGCGGAGGCAGAGGCUAAAGCACACCGACAUUACGAAGACGAAAAUGAAUGGGGUUGCGGUAGCUGGUUGGAGUACACUGUGGUGGUGGUAUGCGCGAGCAUCCUCCUCCUUGGUUCCUUGGCCCUCACUUUGUUCUGGGUGAUACAGUACCGAGGAGGUUUCGCAUGGAGGGAAGACCCCGAGAGGGAGUUCAAUCUACAUCCGGUUCUUAUGGUAGCAGGGUUCAUUACGUUCAGUGGCUUUUCUAUACUCUUGUACAGGAUAUGCAGAUGCUGUCGGAGGAUCUACGUCAAGCUCCUUCACACAAUAUUCCACGCACUGGCGAUACCAUGUGUAGCUGUUGGAUUCUUAGCAGUAUUAGAUUCCCACAAUUUAAGCAGCCCACCCAAACCCAACUUUUAUUCGUUGCAUAGUUGGAUUGGACUUGUUACUAUGGGACUAUUUGCAUUACAGUUUGUGGUUGGCUUCUUCAGCUUCCUGGUGUUAUUGUGCUGCGAAGGAGCAACCGCAGGGUUUAGGGCUGCUCUGGUACCAAUCCAUGCUUCCUUUGGACUGACGACUUUCAUGCUAGCCAUAGCAGCCUCUCUUACAGGACUUACGCAGAAAGUUUGGUUGGUGCUAAAAAACAGAUACUCACUUCAUGAAGAAGAAGCUAUCAUAGCAAACACCAUUGGCAUGUCGUUGAUUGCUCUAUCUAUAAUCAUGAGUUAUAUCCUUCAGAGGGACGAAUUUCGUUUUAGAGCACACAUUCUCAUACGUUCCGGUGAUCUCUGAGCAGAUUAGAGUAUGCUGCACCGUUCGAAAGCUUUACUUGUAUAUGUGUAUAAAUAGAAAAAUAAGAGGUCUGCAUAGUCUUUUAUUCGAUAUAGUAGGUAAACGCAAUAGGUAUAGUGUGUGUGUUACAAGUAAAACCUACUCUUAGUCAUAAGUAGAAAAAUGUAUUUUUACUGAUAUUUAUUUUUUAAACACAGAUUUUACGAACAUAUAACCUUAAUAAACAUAAAGACAUUUUAGUUAAAUAACUAUUCUCAAUAAAUAAUUAUCAUGCAAAUAGUUCAUUUAAGUAUUAUUGGCGUCUACGUCAUAAUAAAAGGAUUGUUUGAUAGUUACGUAUCCUAUAAGGUUACGUUUUAGCAUUUCGUAGAAUCAUAUUCCAGUAAUUCCAAAAUCUCCAAUACGAUGGGCAGACCAAAUGAAGCCUCCAUCUGACACAUGAUCGUAACUAGUCCUGUCGCUAGGGGGGGUACAACGGCCUCCUGUAUUCAGAUGGACUUACCCAAGUUUUUUUUAUGUAUUUUGACCCGUAGAACACGAAUUUUUUGGGUAACAGUUGAUCCGGAUGUCGAUAAGAUUGUUAUAAACAAAGAAGUUGAGGAAUUACAUAACAGCGAUUUCUCGCAAAACAAAACAUGUUUUUGUAUUUUUUGGGCCAUUCUAACCAAAAAGUGUUCCUACAAAUUUGUUCUUAGGAUGCAUAGUUUUCGAGAUAAACGCGGUGGAACUUUCAAAAAAUCGAAAAAUUGCAAUUUUUGUACCCGAAUAACUUUUGAUUAAAAAAUAAAAUAGCAAUUCUGCUUACCGCAUUUGAAAGUUCAAGUCAAAGUAUAUCGGUUUUAGUUAUUUGCAUUGCUAAAAAUUUAUUAUUUUAUUGUUAAACAAAAGUAUAAACACCUAGUGCUGGAGUGAUGUUUUCAAUGAUUUCUCAUUUAAAAUCGAACUAGUAGGUAGAGUAGGUACAAGUGCAAGCGAGGCUAUUUCUACGUAGCAUGCAUGUAAACGCAUGUAUUAGGCACGGGAAACACUAUGUGUUUAUAGCUUUUUUUAGCAAUAAACACAUAAAUUUUUAGCAAUGUAUAUAUUCGAAACCGAUAGAAUUUGACUUGAACUUUCAAAUGCGGUAAGCAGAAUUGCUAUUUUAUUUUUCAAUCAAAAGUUAUUCGGGUUCAAAAAUUGCAAUUUUUCGAUUUUUUGAAAGUUCAACCGCAUUUAUCUCGAAAACUAUGCAUCCUACGAAAAAACUUGUAGGAACAUUUUUUGGUUAGAAUGGCCCAAAAAAUACAAAAACAUGUUUUGUUUUGCGAGAAAUCGCUGUUAUGUAAUUCCUCAACUUCUUUGUUUAUAACAACCUUAUCGACAUCCGGAUCAACUGUUACCCAAAAAAUUCGUGUUCUACGGGCCAAAAUACAUAAUAAAAACUUGGGUAAGUCCAUCUGAAUACAGGAGGCCGUUGUACCCCCCCUGGCGACAGGACUAAACCAAAUAUUAAGAGUAUCACCACGCCCUAACAAGGGCCCACGGAAUGAGGAGGAGGAAUCUGGUGCGAUCUGUCAAUAUUUUUUACUUUUGAUACUACUUUCAUUUGAAAAACUUUACGAUUACACAUUAUGUUGUGAAAACUUAACGUGAACAAAAGUUAUUGCCCUGCUGAAACCAGGCAAACCUGUACAAACUUUACAAAAGAAUUUUUCUAGAGAGGGCAAAGUCAAUCCUCGAGCCUCACCUGAUUCCUGAAUAGGAUGGGUUCAGAUCGGAAGAGAACUACACUAGCCAAGUCCUACAUCUCACUGAACCAAAAUCCAAGUCUGCUCUUUUCACCUAAGAUCGAGAGACGAAAAGAAAGCUGAAGAUCAGAUAGAUUAGACUACCAACUGGAAUAUUCAAUAUACCCGAAGUAAAGGUGGACAGAACACUAAUUUAUAGAACACACUGUCGAAAAAAGACUCUAAAGAUGGCCUCUCGCAACAACCUAGCACUAUUACAAAUGGAGCGUCCAGCCAAAUAUCCUCCUCACCACAGCCAAGGCUCUCAGUUUCUCGAUUGGCGAGUAUGCAUGCCCUGUAUGGGGUAGAUACGCAUAUGCUAAGAAAGUGGAGUGGCUCUAAACGAAUCGUGUCGAAUAGCAACAGGGUGCCUGAAAGCAACGCCACUAGAGAUCUCAGUGUACAGGUCCUACCAGACCUGCGAAGAUGAACCCCUGCCCUGAAGAUGAAUGGAGCUACCCUUAAACAACAACAGCACUCUAUAUACACUAUGUUUUGCUGACGACCAGGUAGUAUUAUCGAAGGUCCACUAUGACUUGGAAUAUGACAAAAACAGUAAUAGAAGAUGAGAUGGUCAGUGGAAGAAAAUAUGUCAACAUAUUUUCCUCUGUGUCUUCCUCUGGACUUCCGGAGUCUCAGUCACCCGAGCCCCCAGGUACUGCACUCUUCAUUACUAACUGCACUACUGCUAGUGGAGACACCGGACGGUUCUUUUAUACCAUCGAUGGCGGGGUUCACUGACGUGGCGAUUGGGUGGGGGUUGGAGCGAAGAUUCCUGACGGUGGGAUUUUGAUUGGUAGGUGCUACGUGCGAUGUUUUCUUUAGGAGAGGUCUCCAUGUCUAAGGUAGCUGGGUACCGCUAUCUCUUUUAUUUAUUAAGAUAGUCUUGUUUCGGGAGCGUCAUUGGGGGUGGGUAUGGAUAUGUACACCACUUUGAUAAAAAAAAACAAGAAAUACUAAACUCUAGGAAACUUCAAAAUGAAUGGCCGCCAAUAAAUCUUAGCAAGAGAUUUAUAAAGGACUCAAAAUCGUCAUAAAACAUGUCAAAUCAUUGCAUUAGAAAACCUUGACAACCUUAUAUUACAACCAUUGCAUUAAAAUUGACAUAGAGGGAAACUUGAAAAUAAGACGUAGUCAGAAACAAUAACGACAGUCUACAAGAUUUUAUAGGUACAGCAAAAUCAAACUUUUAAGGGCUAUUAUUUCUAGAGAAAUGAAACGCUACGUUUUAAAAUUUUCGUAAUCUGAAACAUUUCAGAAAAUUUCUGUAAAUCCAUUUGCUAUUAAAUAUUUUUAUCGUUUAUCCAUCCUAUUUAAGGUACCUUACUCUACGUGUUUUUACUAUAAUUCAUAAUAUUCUGUCAUAUUGUACGAUUGGGAGUAUAAGAAUAAAAUCAUAGAGAAACUUUACUUCUCAUUUUGGUAUUUGUAACUACCUACUGAUCUUAUAUAAUGUGAAUUAUCGUUGAGAAUAUGUUGACCUUUUCUUAUUUUUCUAUACAUGUUUAGCAUUUGCAUUAUGGGUACAAUAUAGCCAAUCUUUUGCGGAAAUGUACUAAAAUUUGAGAAUCGAAGAUAAAGUAAAUUUAUCAGAAAUAUAUUUAAGAAAAAGAUUUAUUAUUGUUAUGAUUAUUGUUUUUGUCGUAUAGCUUCUGCCUUUUACUACUUGUAUAUCAGUAAGAAGUUCGUUAUGUAACUCAAUCCCCGAAAAAUAAAACUGUUAUGUGGUAUAUUAUUAUGCCACAGUUUUAGGGAUUUUUCUAUUUACCAAGUUGAUAUUUUACAUUGGUACUACCUAAAUCCGUCAAAAUCAAGAUAUUUUGCUACCUAUUUUUUAUAUUCUUUGACAACAAUUAAAAUAUUGGACGUUGCUAAACUUUGAUUUGUCGCAAAUGUAGUAAUUUUUAGUAUAAAACUAUUAUAUUUUUUUAAUAUUUAAAAAUAUUAUCUUCCCUAUAAGUACACCUCAUUUUUCAGAAUACCUAUUUCAUUUAACCCUAAUCUCUUUCCUUGAAGCAUACUUUUGAAGUUUGCAAGUAUCUAUAUAGCUAAGGGCCAGAUCUAAAAAUACAGUAGUUAAGGAUACGAUUCAGGCACUCAGGACUCAGAAUGUGGUUGGAUUGUGGCUGAAUAUGUGCAUGUAUGGUAAAAAUGUAAUUUCAGGCAGCUGUUUAGUGCUUCAUAGUAGCAGCCAUGCUACUGCAGCUUAUUAUUCCUUGUAGUACCACAUAUUUCGGGAAAUCUCAACCAAAAAAGUGAACAAAAAUUUAUAUGAGACCAAAAAUUCCAGAAAAGAUUUGAAUGUUAUAAAAAAUUUUAUGGACUGAAACUCCACUUUAAAUAGAUGGAAAGAUAUAAAAAACCAUUCCUCUCCAAUUCUGAAGCGAAGUUGAGAUGACAGAAUUAAGUUACGAGUUGCCAACUGACAAAUAUUCUAUAUCACUAGUAUAAGCCCAUAAAUUAUGUUUAUAGGUAGGUAGGUAUAUGUCUAUGGUUAAACUAGUUAUUGGGUUUGACGACGGGGGAUAUACAAAAAAUACAUGAGAAUAGAGGAAAGAAUAGGAAUUUAGAUUUUUCUACUGUUUUGAAAUUUACAAAAGUCACUUACACUGGUGCAACUUAAUUAUUCCACCAGUUUAUAAAUAUUUAUUGUUGGUGGCGUGGCCCCAUCUACAUAUCAACCCAGAUAUCACUGAGGGAUGUGAUAGUGAUCACCAGACCAUAGUGAUAUAAAUCAACCAUUAAGACAAUAUUUUUUGCUUAUUUGUGAAAAAUAUAUAAUAUGUACUACCCAUUUCUUUAUAGUAGUACCGGACUUAUGUAUAUUACUGUUCCUUCCGACAUGUUACUGAAUAUACAUUAAUUUUAUUUUUAAAUAACUUUAAUUUACUACAAAAACACGAUUGGCUAUAUUGUACCGUUUCUGUGUAUGUAUGUAUAGCUAUGUUUCCCUGUUUUUUAUAGUUUCAGGUUUGAUGUAUAUUUUUUUAAUAAAUCGUGUUGCAUAAUUAUAAGUAUAUCACAAUAGUUUUUAAUUAAACAUACCUUUCUUCUUGAAAAUUAAGUAAUCAAAGCAAAUGGUGAGUAAUAAUAACCGUUCUAUGAACUCCUUCAUUCAUUCCAUAUAAUAUAUGGCAACUAAAUACACCUUAAGGUACAUAUCCAUAGGUUGGUGCUCAGUGUCCUCAAAUAGAUACGGCAUCCGCCCCCGACAUAUAAAACCGCAAACCGGUUGAAUCGAAGAGGGUGAGCGGUGAGCACCAACGUAUCCAAUAUGUGGAGCUGCUACAUGGAGCACGGAUCACCAACGUAUGGAUACGUACCUUUAGAAUUUGAAGGGUAAUCCAACAAAAUGCAUGUUAGCAUAAAACAUAGUUUUGCAUGAUUCAAGGUGAUGGGUUAUAUUUUGGUCGCAAUAAUUUUUACUAUACUUUUUAGGUUUCAAACAAACAUUAACCUUCUCAAAACUAUAUUGAAUACUGUCAAAUCAUUGCACAAGAGCAUGAUACAUAUAAUAUUUAAUAAUAAAAGUCAACGUCAAUAAUACAGUCAAUAAUAAAAAAAUACAGCAGUCAACGUCCGGUGAUUUUUUUAAUUUAGCAAACACGUUCAACCCAAGAACACCGCACACAUCUUAUGAAAAAUGUAAUAUCACUCAAAUACAAUAAAGAUUACAUGAAUAGAUUCGUCUUAAAAUUACAAUUAUUUCAUUCAUUGCGCUAACUCUGAAUUUUGAAUAAUAACGGCGUAAAGUGAUAUAAAUAAAUCUAAAAUCAAGUGGGUAUAUACAUAAGAUAGAGAGAGAAAGGAGAUUUUGUGAAAAUGCACUUUAUAAAUCUUUCUGCGGGUAUUAAGGUCUGUUCCAAUGACAAUGCACUUCCAGUGACGCACCGCAAAAUAAGGGUCAGCCUCACGCUGAAUUAAGCUGUUUUCAAUAGCGAUAAUAUUAUGUUAUAAUAAUAGUAUUUAUGAAUAGUAGUUUUAUGAACUUCAAAAAUGUGAUUUCCAAAAACUUUAAUUACAAUUUACGCUAUUUUUAAUCAAAAUUCAGAUUUGGCGCAAUGACGUGAAAUUAUUGUAAUUUAGAGACCAAUCUAUUCAUGUAAAUUUUAUUGUGUUCGAGUGACAUUCAAUUUUCCAUGAGAUGUGUGAGUUGUCCCUUUGCGUCUUACUUAUCUCUUAAAACAUUGUCUUACGUAAUACACCUCUUGAUCAGACUAGAUAGGCAUUUUGUCUCACCAAAGUUACAUUUGUUUAUAAAUAAUGUAGAUAUUAGUGUCUUAACUGAAUAAUUUAUAAAAAAAAACACAUUAUUAUUUAAUUUCAAAAUUUAGGGUUGUGGUCGGUUUAUUAGCCAAAUCUGCAGAAUAUUCAUUUGUUUAAAUAACGACUUGAAAAUUUAAAUUUUUAAACUUUUUAGACCGCCAUAUAAUGAAUCAAGUCCAUAUAAUGAAUCCCACAUAAACUGAUCAAUAUAAUUGGUACAAAUGAGGAGUCUUCACUCAAAGUCUUCCCAGGUAUUGCUUAACACGAUUCCCUUCUACCUGAUUUGUAUAUAUUUAUAUAACUCUUUUUAAAACCAUAUUAUACAUUUCCAAAAUCCAUUGUUCUUCUAUUAUCUACCUACCACUCCAUCACUCUUUGCCAUAUCAAUAAUAAGAAACUUUUCCAUUUUGUCAGAAUAUAAGCAAAUUAAACUAAACUUGUUUUAUAUAGGGCUUUUCAUUCACAGUCAUUUGUUUCGAGCUUCUGUCAUAUAUCGUAUAAUCCGUGUAUAUUAUUAUUAUACACAAAUAAUACAACAUAUGACAGAAGCUCGAAACAAAUGACAAUCGAUGAAAAGCCCUAUUGUAAAAAAACUUGUUUCAUAUUGCGAAAAAGGUGUAAAUUACAUCAUUUAAAAGUUUGAAACUAUGAUAAAAAUUGGCAACCUCGCACAGACUCUGUCAUAAUUCAAUGUAAAUGUCAUAAUAAAGACAUCAGAAGAUUAAUUAGCAAAAUUUAUUCUUUUGGGGAAUAUCAACCACUAUUUCAUUAUGAUUCAGUAUUCUAAUAAAAAUUGUUAUAGUAUAGGCCUGGAACCCGUGUAGGUACCAAACAAAAAUUUGUUAAUGGCAAGCUGAAAAUUUGUUAAUAGCUUAACGGUGUCUAGUCGGACAAACGUUGAUGUAUGGGAACACUGGAACAGGGGAAGUUUUAAUUGUGGAACGUGUUAUCCUGACAAGUUUAUGAUUGUGAAAAUUAGCAGGUUAUUUUUAAGUUUAUUCAAUAACAAACUUUAUUUACAAACUUUACUUUUAAUUGUAAAUAUUUUAUCUUAAUUUUUAAGACUCCUGUAUAUAAUUUUUCUUAAUUAUUAUUAUUACGAAAACGAAAUAAGAGUCUCACGCAUACGAACACAUGUGUGGAUCGGCUUGGGGAUUUGGAAUCGGAGUUAUCUAAGACGCAAGAUAAACAAGUAGCCGCCUUGACUAAUUUUAAUAGUUUUCGUUUAUUGGAAAAGGUCGGUACAUACUUUCAACCAAUUUUAAUAGGUUGGUUCUCAGGGGAAAAUGGAAAAGGAAGAUUAGAUGUAAGAGAUUUUUAUUUAGCGUGGGGGUGCGAGAGUCAGUCGAUUUUAACAUCAGCACCACGACAGACGUGUUAUUUGGGAUAAUCGAAAAAUACGCUUAAAGAGACGCUUUAAGACGGGUAUUAUGACAAGCUGGUUAUAAUAUUCAUUAGACGCAAUUAUUUCAAAAUACAUUUCUUUUUGUAAGAACACGUAAAAUUUUGGUCGCAUUUACACAAACACUUUUACAUUUCGUCAACUUGAUAGUAUCUAUAAUUUAAUUGUCUAUUUUAUUAAUUAAAACUGUAAAGACUCAUACGGACUUUUAUUACGAUUGUCUUUAACGAAUCCUACAUAUAUAAUAUAUGAAAAAAUGUUUGUCCGACAAAUAUGUUGGGCAUUUUAAUAAGUCCGACACGUAGAACAUGUCAAAUGACAGGUAUCAUAUUGGUGGUAAAUAGCAAUCUCAGUUUUGCAUGAGAGUUUAAUGAAGGGGUAACAAAUCAAUUGAAAGUUCUGUCCGACAAAAUACCGUUCGAAACCUGUAACCUGUUCCACAAUUAAAACUUCCCCUGUUCCAGUAUUCCUGUACAUCAAAGUUUCUCCGACUAGACACCGUUAAGUUAUUAACAAAUUUUCAGCUUGCUAUUUAAAUUUUUUUUGGUACGCGGGAUCCAGGCCUAGUACUUAGUAGAAAUGUUUUAUAAAACUAUGUCUCAAAUAAGUGUGGCAAAUAACCCGACCAGCGUUAAAUUUGGGUAUAAGGUGUAAAUAAUUGCUUGGAAUUUGUAGUUAUUUAACCGGUGUAUAUAAAUCCACUAACCCUUGGACUAACGCUAUUUCAGGCCAGAAGAGUAUACAGCGUGGAAGGAGGAAGGUAUCAUCAUUAACUCACUAGCCAUGGCUCUAGUAGCUUUAGCCAUCCUCGUAUCUUUCGCCGUACGAAGCCCGACACUUAAGGGAGACACCAGAAUGACAGUCACUGAAAGAUUGUAGGAAAAGGCGCUGUCUAGCGCCAAAGUCUCGGAUAUAAACGCAACAGCGGAACCAGAGAGGUUCUGAAUCCAACGAUAACUUCUAGGUUAAUUUAUAGUGCAUGUUUAGAUAAAUAGGUUCUUUGAUUGCCAAUAUUUUCUGACUAACCCCCGUAUGCUUACAAAUUUUCGAGUAAUCCUCGUAUGUGGGGAUCUGUCGGGAAAGCUAACACUGGUGAUGGGUGUGACUGCUCAAACUCUUCGCUGGUGUUUUCUAAAUUUGGGGAUGUUGCAGUGUGAAUGCUCCAUUUGACUGCUAAUAUUAUGCCAAAAUAUUAAAUGUAUUAUUAGUAAAAAUGUAAUCGAUGGUAUGUAAUAAGUAGUUGGUGUAUUAAGUUAGAAUUAAAAAUUUGUAGCAAAAUUCACCUCAACCUCGAUAUUAUUUUCAACUUCGCCAGUAAUCAUUGUUUGCAAAAGACAUUCAUCUGAAAAGUACUCUUUAGUUAGUUGUUAUAUAGAAUCGUCAAGCUUGUUUAGAAUCCAAAAUAUUCGUGAUGCAUCCCUUGGCCGUCAGUUCAGACAGAUCAAAGUUGCUACAAAGCCAUUAACGGUUUGAUUUAUUUCAUCGACAGCUGUGUCUAUUGUAUUGUUUGUUCUAAAUUCAUCCUACUUUAUGCUUAUACUUCUAUAACUAUUACUUAAAGUAAUAGGCGGGGUAUUUUCUUACCUUAUUCUGAAUUAUUAAGUUAAUGAAGUAGAAUGUAUUCCUUUUGAGGUCUCUAUCAUAGCAUUUCCUUUCUAUGUUUUUCAUCUCACAGCAGGUCGUCCUCUCCGUCUUCUUCCCUGCAGAUCACAGUCCAAUAUUCUUUUUGACCACCUGUGCUCUGAAAUUCUUUGUACAUGUCCGUACUACUGCAGGGCUCUGUUUUCCAACAUUCCAACGCUUGUUUUAAUUAAGCAUUCUACUUCCAUUCUAUUCCAAAUUUCCUCGGUUCUUAUUAUAGCCUCUGUGGUGAUUUAUAUACAUCUUCUCAUAACGUCCUAUGAGUGUAUUGAACAACUUUUCUUUGCAUUGGACCCUCCAUUUUUCCUGAAGCAUUGUCUUAACAGCUUCUAAACUAUGUUUCAUAACUGUUCCGCCUACGACUAGAUCGAAUAAGAUAAUAAGUUAUUUAAUACAUCAGCUUUCCCAAUAUCUCUGACUAUUCUCCAUCCAAGGUGUUAAAGGUGUUAUCAAUUUAGCUAUUUUGCUUUCUGAAAAUCGACCAGGAAGAAAAAAUUUUAUCAUAAGGAAAAAUGCUUCGCAACUAUCUUUAAAUAAGCUUGCGUCAUUCUUUAAUUUGGCUUUAUUAUAAAAAACGAUGUAUCAUGUAUCCUAAAGACCAAUAAUCAGGGUUAAUGAAUAAGAUAUGAUAGUUCUAUAAUAUAAAAAAAGACUUGCAGAAUGUUACUGCCAACUAAAACUGAUAAUGAGGUAAUAUUUUGUUUACAAGUUUAUAAUUUUAAAGAGUUUUCGCCUAAUAAGGCCUAAAAACAUUCCUUGUAGCAGUAGUAUCGAUUCUGAACCAUCGGGAAGGUCGAUUUUUUACCGUUUGGAUCAACUUUUCAGAUUUUUUCAGGAUCUUUGUGAAAUAAUUUAAAAUUUAUGUUAGUAGGAUGUUUACACCCUUUGCUUUGAUUUCGUUCGGUUCGAGGUGAUUUUUUUCAAUACAUUUUUUAGUCAUUUCGAAAACCCAUAGACUAAUCAAAGCAUUGCGUGGUACCAGAACAGACUUACAUACUUAAUUUUUUGCUACGAAAAAUCAUAUAAGUGUACACAACAAAAUUUUAAGUAUAUAACUUUGUUCGAGCCUAAGGCCUCAUGUAAUCUUUACAAUUUUAUACUGUAGUAGAUAAAACUGAGAUAAUUGACGUACUAAUCAAAAUAAGCUCAAAAUUUAAUCAAAUAAUACUCUGUGUGUUAGCAUCUAAGUAGAAAAUAAAUAAAUAUUUAAGAAAAUAUGUCGUAAAGUGUUAUAUCUAUGGGAUGUUGUCAAGGGAUUCCUUAAAGAAGAAAACUGAAAAUUUUUAAGGUAUUUUUGUGGUAAUUUGAGGUCAGUAUCCUUGUUCAAAAGGUGAAAGAGAUAUUUAUUUAAAAGAUAUCUAAUAUAAUUUCGGUUUAAUUUAAAAAUAUUCAAAAAGAUUACAUUCAUUCACCGGUAUAUACUUUUUUUAAUUGCCAUGUUACCAGACUCCAGUACAAGCCUAAGAAGAUAUCGAUUGAAUUCUGGCAGGGAAUGGUGGGGAAAAUCUUUUUUAGACAUCUAAUGUCAUGGAGCAAGACACCCUGACAUCAUUUGACCGAGCAUGACACUUUUGAUAUGACACAUGAUUGGUAAGACCACUUAAUGAAGACCUCCUGCUCCUUCUUAUUCAUCACCCCUGAGAUCAAACAGUGUACCUCUCUCAAUUCUUUCUCUCCUCUCAUCACCAUAUUUGCCAUGUCCCUUUCAUCCGGCCUGAAACCCAUUUGCCCAAAUAUAGAAGAAAUAAAGAAAAAGAGGUUAACAGAAAGCCCAAGAAGCCUAGACAAUACAAAAGAACGUAUGUAUAACAAAUAACAACUGUUCAAAAAUAGAAAAUAUUUUUCAUCCGAGGAAAGGAUGUACAGAAUGACAUUUGGCCCUCAAAGAGAUGAAGUGACAGGCCGUAAAGCUGAAUUGGUAACUCUGUAUGGUACUCAAAACAUCGUCAGACAUAUAAAAGCUAACCGGAUAAAAUGGGCAGGUCAUGUGGUAAGGUCAGAGGAAGAUAGUGUUAAAGACAGUAUUUUUUGAGAAACCAGACAGUAGAAGAUCAGUAGGCCGUAUCAGAAAAAGAGGGGAAGGAUGAUGUUUUAGCCGAUUUAUCUAGGAUUGGGGUACAACGAUGGCAAAUGGAAGCGCAAGAUCGUAGAAGAUGGAAGGCUAUAGUGGAUGUGGUGAAGAGUCACCCCGAGUUGUAAAGCCAGUUAAGAAGAAGAAGAAAGCGAUGUACACAAAUAGGGGUGGGGUGGAAUAAAUAUUAAAGAAAAAGCACAAUCUCGUUUAUAAGAAUGCUAGGAUGGUGUCUAUGGCUUAUAGAAGUGGAUAAAAUAAUUUUAAAGCAAAAAUAUUACUUUAGUGAUGGUGUAAAUUUUUAUUUACACUUCGAUGGCUUGGUCACGUUAGACGUAGAAAUGGAAACUAUGUGGGUUGAAGGACAGAGCUAUUAGAACUUGAUGGAAGGAGAGGUAGAGCAAAACUGAGAAGAUGGAAGGACUGUGUGACAAGGGACUUGGGAGAGAAAGAUUUAGGUAAAGGAGGCAGGACAGACAGAAAUGAGAGUAAUGAACAGCAACCCCCGAAAAGGGAAAACCUGAGUAAGAGGAAGAAGGUGUAAUUUUUUAUUUAAAAGGAAAUGAUUUAGAAGAUAUCUGAAUUAACCUUAAGAGUUUUGGAUUUGAUAUAUGAUUAAGGGACGUGCCGUCAAAAGUAACCUAUAAAAUUAUCAGUUUUCUUUUAUGGGGAGAAUUUGUGGAUCCCCUGUUUAUUUAAGUUUAUGAAUGAGUUGAAGUUUAGGAGUAAUAUAGUUUUACAAGGACACUACGAAACUAUGGGACCUACGAAAACAGACUUUAUGUUCAGUGCCACAUCGUCCUAUACCUACCUAAAGCAGUGUCGCGAAUCUCAACCGGAUAUAUACAAACGAGGACUUUAUUUUGUUCUAUCCCGUAAUUUGCGUACACCCUUUAAAGUUUUUUGAAGAAUACGAGCCCUAAGAACUAUAUUGUCAGACCAUAUUGUACGAAAUGUUGAAAACCAAUAUUUACGUAUUACGUUGAUUGUAGGCUGUUUUUUGUACAUCUAAAGCAGGCUAGGUUGACCGAGGUCGAGAGUCUACUACAUUUUAAUUCUUGCAUGUCUCAUCUUGUUCCGGCGAUACUCGAUUCAGUGAUAAGUCGAAAACUAUAAGAUACAAGAGGUUUGUUCCAACUCGAUACAAAAACGUUCUUGAACGGUUACGAGUAUGCGCAGUAACGAAAAAUGUGUUACUGCGCAUAAUUAUUCGUUACUUCGCAUGCGCGUAACGAUCCAAGAACGGUUUUGUAUCGGGUUGGAAAAACCUUGUAUUGUUUUAGUAAUAUAUGAAAAAAUCAUUUAUUUAUUUAUAUUUUGAGUCGGUUGUUUGGGAAAACUAGUAAGUUCAGUAUACGCUUUCAACAUUUCUACAUCUGCUGCAUAGAUAGUGAUUGGGGUUUGUACAUUUAGAGAUUAUUUCUAUCGAAUAUAUUGAAGUACAAUUUGUUUAAUGGACCAAUUUUAGAAUUAUCUAUAUUGUUCGUUGCAUUAUAUUUGUUAUAUGAUAUACUCUACAUUACUUUUUAUGUUAUUUAAUAUAUUCCAGAUUUUUAGACGUUAACAUAUACAUGUAAGUUAUUGAUAUGUAUAAGUAUUGUAAGUUUUAAUAAAUGUAUUCUCCAGUUGUA